AUGAGUAGCAGGCCAUUCAUUUCUACUUGGACCAAGUUCAAGGGCCCAACGUCCGGAGCUCUUGAUCCAUCUAUAUUCGCGCCACUCUUUGCGAGUAACAUUGAAAUCCAAGAUGCCCGAUACGGCCGCAUUGCCGAAUCGCCAGGCGAAUACAUGCUCGUUGUAAUAUGGCCUACGGAAGCCGACUACAAGCGAUUCAUGGAGUCAGCCCAACACGACUCUUUACGCGUGCGCCUCAAAGCGGAAUCUCCUGACGAACCUACGACGCAAGUUCUCGACUUCGGCAACAUGCUUUACUGGCACCACUUCGGAGUAAACACCGAAUUCCGCACCGUCUAUUUCCCGAACACUACCCUGCCUGCAACUCGCGACGCCGUACGCAGUCUCAAAGGCCUUGUUACUACAGCGGGACACGGGAUCGGCGGAGACUUUGCUCACAUGUGUCCUUACAGGUGUGUGCCCACCAAGGGGUGGGUGGACGCCGAGCAAACAUGGAACGAAAGGAAGACAGUCGCUUGCAUCUGGGUACACAACUGGAAGGACGAGGAGAGUGAGAAGAAGUUCAAGGCUACGGGGAGGCGAAUGCCUAAGUCUGAAGAGGAUUAUCAGCCGCUAGCGUUGGAAGCCUUCGAGGGGGAAUUGGAGGACCUGGGGGCAUUAGCGUGGGAGGACAUUCACGUUGAUUUCCAGAAAGUGCCUCGUAUGGUAGGAGCCUAA